AUGGCGAAUAAAUCAGUGUAUGAUUUCUGUGCUGAGACCCUGGACGGACAGCCGGUUCCGCUCAGUAAGUACAGGGGUAAGGUGCUUCUCAUCGUCAACGUUGCCACCUUUUGAGGGUCAACUAUAGAGGAGUACCACCGACUGAAUGCACUGAUGGAAAUGUUUGGUGGCCUCAACUUCACUGUCUUAGGAUUCACCUGCAACCAGUUUGGUCUUCAGUCACCUGAGGUCAAUCAUGAAACCCUCAAUAUUCUGAAGUAUGUGAGACCUGGUGGAGAGUUUGUGCCCAAGUUUCCUGUCUUUGGCAAGGUUGAGGUGAAUGGAUUAAAUGAAGAGCCUCUUUUCAGCUAUCUGAAGGAAUUGUUGCCAUUUGUGAACCCUGUUAUUGGAGAUAUAAAGAAAUUCUACUGGUCCCCAAUCAAAGUCAAUGACAUCCGGUGGAAUUUCGAGAAGUUUCUCAUAACUGCUGAUGGCCGGCCCUUCAGAAGAUAUGAGCUUCACUGCCCCAUUGACAAUGUGGAGAAGGACAUAGCAGAACUUCUCUGA